CCUCGCCCAGUCUUUGUCUCGGUGUCGGAGCUCCGGUCCGCGACCCCGAAAGGACGCAGUGGGGCGGCGGGCGGGGCGGACUCGGGGCCCGCGCAGGUGAGGCGCGGCUCCGGGGCCGCCAACUCCGGGCACGCGCCCGGGUGGUUUUCUCGCUCUGCGGGCGCUCGGAAACUUCGAGUUCUCUGUUCUCAAAAUGCAGACUCGCAGCGCAGAAAUAAAGAGCAUGUUUGUGUGGGGUGGACCUUUCUUAGUUUGUUGCUUGUCAGCAAUAACGAACGUUAGUGUGGCUUCCAGCGUUGGUUUCUUCGUACUCAAUCUGAGAUCAUUGAAAGUAAAGAUAGGAAACUGGCAGCCUCUACUAAUGUGGGAUUGUAAAAUAGGACCGAUUGUAUAAGCGACGUGAAAAUCAAGCUUCCUUAUUUCAUAGUCGUGGCUCAGUAAAACAAAAGAGAAUGAAAGAAGUAGAUAAUCUUGAAAGUAUAAAGGAAGAAUGGGUUUGUGAAACAGGAUCUGACCACCAACCUCUUAGUGAUAGUCAACAAAAAAAUUGUGAAUAUUUUGUUGACAGCCUUUUUGAGGAAGCGCAGAAGGUUGGUGCCAAGUGUUUGUCUCCCACUGAACAAAAGAAACAGGUAGAUGUAAGUAUAAAAUUAUGGAAAAAUGGAUUCACUGUCAAUGAUGAUUUCAGAAGUUAUUCUGAUGGUGCAAGUCAACAGUUUCUGAACUCCAUCAAAAAAGGGGAAUUACCUUUAGAAUUACAGGGAGUUUUUGAUAAAGAGGAGGUGGAUGUUAAAGUUGAAGAUAAGAAAAAUGAAGUAUGUAUGUCAACAAAGCCUGUGUUCCAGCCCUUCUCAGGACAAGGUCACAGACUGGGAAGUGCUACACCAAAAAUUGUUUCUAAAGCAAAGAAUAUUGAAGUUGAGAAAAAAAAGACGUUGUCUGCUGUCCCACUAAACAAUCUGGAACCCAUCACUAAUAUACAGAUCUGGUUAGCCAACGGGAAAAGGAUUGUCCAGAAAUUUAACAUUUCUCAUAGGAUAAGCCACAUCAAAGACUUCAUCGAAAAAUACCAGGGAUCUCAGAGGAGUCCUCCCUUUUCCCUGGCAACUGCUCUUCCUUUCCUCAAAUUGCUAGAUGAAACACUCACACUGGAAGAAGCUGAUUUACAGAAUGCUGUAAUCAUUCAGAGACUCAAAAAAACCGCUGAACCUUUUAAAGAACUUUCAUAGCAUUGAUCUUUGAUACACUAAGUGGAAAGUUUCCCCAAAAAUGAUGGUCAUAAGUGGACGUGCAAAUCAAAACAAGGGAAAGUCAGAUUUGCUGGGUUUUGCACUGUUUUAAUUCCCUGCUGAUGAGAUUUUAAAAUAAGUACAAGUUAGGAAAGUAAACUAUUACUGGAAACUAUAUUCAGUGAACUUUUUCCAGAAGGCUACUCAGAAAGAAAAAUAUAUAUUUUCAAAUACCAUUUAUUCAACAUAAGAUAUAUUCAAUAACUUAUCAUUUAAAAUCUUAAUAUGGUAUAAAGUAAGAAAUAUGUGCACAGCAUCUUCCAUUCAAAUAUGAUUCCCAAACAGCAAUGAUGUGUUUAAAUGUUAGCUGUCUCAGAUUUUUUAAAUGGCAAUACAUUAGAAAAUUGUACAUGGCAGGUUAAAAGCAUCAGUGUAAUUUUCUUAUAUCUGAGAUACAAUCAUAAGGCUGAAAGGGUCUGCUUUUACCACAGCUAUACCUAAACCUCAGAAGUGUUCCCAAUUUGCAUACUCCAACAAUCGAAUAUUAACAGUAUCUGGGAUGUACUUUCAUUUAAGAAUAAAAUUGUGUAGUUUAGUAUAAUGUCAGUAUCAAUGUGCCAACUCAUAUUUCAACAUUUUCAAAAUGUGUAGAUUUAAAAGAAUUCUUUUUUCUCUAGGAACCUGUUUAUUCCCUACUUUAUUUUCUUUGAAAAACUAGGGCUUUGUUGUAGCUGACAUCUGGAGUGAGCCGUUUGUUUCCUCACAUAGAAUCUAGUGCUGUUGUCACAUUACUAAUUAACAUUUUUAAAUGCGUCCUGUGAAGUGUGGUCUUCUAUUUCAUACAUCAUUGGCCUGUUUAUAUAUUAAAGGAUUGUUUAUUACGUUAGAUGUCACUAAGGAAAACCUGCUUCACAUCUUAGAUUUUUAACUAAAACUGGUUCGACUUCAGUAUUUCACUGUCAGAUUAAAUCCUCUUGCCUGAAAAUAAGUUUAAGAAGCUUUUUGCAGAUGAUCUGUUGAAUCAUAUUUAAAGUGAAAUAUGCAUUGGUGUGCCAAGGAAUGAAGCAACCGGGCCUAUCAGCAGUAAUGUUCAUAGGGUACUGGAUGCCUGCUGGAAAGAAAAGUUCUCAAACUUUUUGGUCUCAAGAGCUUUUGUUUAUGUGGGUUACACAUAUUAAUGUUAUAUUUAAAAUAAAAGGUUAUCAAAUAUUUAUUCACUAGAAACGUGUUAAUGUAAAGAACAUUUUCAUGAAAAAUGUCAUUUUCCAAAAUGUCAAAAGAUGGAGUGGGAAACGUGGCAUUGUAUUUUAUUUUCUGCAGACAUCUUUACUGUCCGAUUUAAAGAAGACAGAUGGGAUCUCAUUUGCUUCCACAUUCAGUCUGUUGCAAUAUCGCACAUCAUGUCCCCUCUGGUAAAUGCUCCUGUACACUCUUGAAAAAGUGAAGAAAAAAAAAGGCAAGAAUAACAUCUUAAUAUAAUUAUGAAAAUAGUUUUGACCUUGCAGACCCCUUGAAAGAAGUAAUCUUGUAAAGCAGUGAUUUGCAGUGAUCUUCAAGCCUUAAUGCAUAACGAUCACCUGGAAAGCUUUCAGAAUGCCUAUUACCUGCCACCUACCACACACAUUUUAACAAUUCGUUGUAUUUGGGAAGGGUCCCAGAUCUCUACAUUUUUAAUCUCCAGUAAUUCUUAGGUAUGUAGUAGGAGAAUCUGUCUUCAGGAAAUCCUGCACUAAGCUGGAAAAUCCCAUGGACGGAGGGCCUGGUGGGCUGUAGUCCAUGGGGUCGCUAAGAGUCGGACAUGACUGAGCGACCUCACUUUUCACUUUCACUUAAGCUUCCACCCUAGGAAAAUAAAACCUGCAUGCUUCACCAUGGCAGUGUAAGACCGGACUGAAAUGGGGCUGUUAGACCUUUAAGUUUUAUCCUGGUCCCCCACAGUUCAUUCUUACACUGUCUUUCCCUCCCCCACCCCUUAAUGCUGACCUGAUCAUGAUAUAAACUUGUGCUUUAUCUUCUAUAAGCACAGCUGAGACAAGGCUGUAAUAUUUAAAUGAGGUUUUUAUUAAAGGCUCAGGGAUAACAGAAGGGAAAUAGACAUAUAACUAGAUGACCUGGUGUAUAAUAUAUCUUCUGUUUGAAAUCCAUUUUGAGAAUGCUUGCUUUUCUAGCUCUCAGCCCUCCACAUGGUAGAGUUCUGUUGUUUUAUCAGGGAGAGAGGGAGAACAAAGGAGAGACUUUUCCUUUUGUCAUUCACCCUCAGAAAUAAACAGACACAUAACAGAAAAUAUUUAUUGUCGGUAACGUUUACGGCCAUGAUAGAGCCCUCUUGCUAGUGAAACAAAAAUAAUGGCAUUCUUAAAAAAGUGAGGGGAUGCUAAGAUCAUACAUAAGAUGACUGUUGAUAUAUUUUCAAGAAUCUGUAAGAAAAUGUUUCACAUAGGCCUAUCAUGAAGCAUUUUAUAAUUUUCCUUUGCAUAAAUAUGUCAAUUUAUGAUUCUCCAUAUAUUGGGGCAUAUAUGAAGGGGCUUCUUGUUGGAAAUAUUGUCCUCCCUUAUGGGUUUUCCAGUUUACCAUAAUUAUUAUCCAGAAGACAUAUUGGAAGUUUUCUUGGGUGUACAUGUAGAGUACACCACAAUGAGAAGUUCUUUAGAGAAAGACCUGUCAUCAGCAAUAACCCUCAUUUUUGUAACUGUGAAAACUUUACCACAAGUGAUACUCUUAAAGGUUUUCUAAAGUGAGAACCACCUCAUAAAGCUUUUUAUGUGAAAGUGUAAAAUUCUAAAGUUGUUAAUUAAAUGUCUAAUAUAGCCCAAACAUGUUGACUUUAGAAAACAAACUGCAUUUUGCAAAGGAAGGCAAACUUGAAAAUAAGCCAGCAUCUUAGGUGUGGAAUACAAUUUGACCUAAGUAGUUGUUUGAAAACUGGCCUCAAUCAAUUUAAAAGCAUUGUUAGGCCUGUUAUAUGGAAGUACAUAUUGAAUUUUACAAAUUUUAAUUUAUUGGUUAAAUUACUAUGCAUUAUCCAGGUUAUAAAGGUGAUCUUAUUUAUUUUAUAUACUUCUGUCAUUUAGAGUAGUUUUCAUUUUACUUAAUUGUGUUGAAAUUAUGCAUGCAUCUAUUUCAGUGCCUUAAAGUAUUUUGAAAGCAAUCUUGAUAAUGGUUAAAGAACUGUUGUCUUAAAGAUGAAACACUGUUCAUUAAAAGGAUCUGUGAAAUAAUUUAUAUUUGUUUGUUAUAAAUUAGUUACAUAUGGAUGCAUUUGUCAUUUUUAUUUGCAAAAACAUUCAGUUUGAGAAUCAACAAACAUUUAUUAGGUGCUUUCUAUUUGCCAGGUAUUUUAACCAAUGUUACUUUGAUUUAAUACUCAGAAGUGUUAAAACGUGAUACUUUUAAACUCA